GGGCGGGUGCGCGCCCCGCGGGAGGGGGCGGAGGAGGGGUGAGGAGGCGUCUCUGCUGAGCUGCCGGGCGCACAGCGCCAGACUCAGACAGAGCCUCGCCGCGGCGGCAGCAACAGGCGGCGGGCUGGGCUCGGGGACGGAGCGGGCGGAGGCGGCGAAAGGGCGGGGAGCGCGAGGAGGAGCGACUGGGCCCCGCCACUGCCGCCUCUUCCCCACUGCAUGGACGAGCACACCAGCCUUCUGCCCGCGCCGCCGCAGCCCUUCGCCCACCACCGCACCCACCCUCCCCAGGACCCUGCGAGCGGCGGCGGCGCCCAGACUCUGGUGAACCCCGGCUACGCCGAGCCCGCCGCAGGCCCCGAGCUGCCGCCCGACAUGACCGUGGUGCCCGGGGACCACCUGCAGGAGCCGGAGACGGCCGACGGCGGCGGAGGCCAGCCUCAGGGCGGCUGUGGCGGCGGCGGAGGCGGCUGUGACCGCUAUGAGCCGCUCCCGCCCGCGCUGCCGGCUGCGGGCGAGCAGGACUGCUGCGGGGAGCGCGUGGUCAUCAACAUCUCGGGGCUGCGCUUCGAGACGCAGCUGAAGACCCUCUGCCAGUUCCCAGAGACGCUGCUGGGCGACCCCAAGCGGCGCAUGAGGUACUUCGACCCGCUCCGCAAUGAGUACUUUUUCGACCGCAACCGGCCCAGCUUCGACGCCAUCCUCUACUACUAUCAAUCCGGGGGCCGCAUCCGCCGCCCGGUCAACGUGCCCAUCGACAUCUUCUCCGAGGAGAUCCGCUUCUACCAGCUGGGAGAGGAGGCCAUGGAGAAGUUCCGCGAGGACGAGGGUUUCCUGCGGGAGGAGGAGCGGCCCCUGCCCCGCCGCGACUUCCAGCGCCAGGUGUGGCUGCUCUUUGAGUAUCCCGAGAGCUCGGGGCCAGCCCGGGGCAUUGCCAUCGUGUCCGUGCUCGUCAUCCUCAUCUCCAUUGUCAUCUUCUGCCUGGAGACGCUGCCCGAGUUCCGCGAUGAGAAGGACUACCCGGCCUCGCCGUCGCAGGAGGUCCUCGAGGCGGCCAGCAACAGCACGUCGGGGGCUCCCGCGGGAGCCUCCAGCUUCUCGGAUCCCUUCUUCGUGGUGGAGACCCUGUGCAUCAUCUGGUUCUCCUUUGAGCUGCUGGUGCGCUUCUUCGCCUGCCCCAGCAAGACAGACUUCUUUAAAAACAUCAUGAACUUCAUCGACAUUGUGGCCAUCAUCCCAUAUUUUAUCACCCUGGGCACCGAGCUGGCUGAGCGACAGGGCAACGGACAGCAGGCCAUGUCCCUGGCCAUCCUAAGGGUCAUUCGCCUGGUGAGGGUCUUCCGCAUCUUCAAACUCUCCCGCCACUCCAAGGGGCUGCAGAUUCUGGGGCAGACACUGAAGGCUUCCAUGCGGGAGUUGGGGCUGCUCAUCUUCUUCCUCUUUAUUGGGGUCAUCCUUUUCUCCAGUGCGGUCUACUUUGCCGAGGCAGACGACCCCGCUUCAGGUUUUAGUAGUAUCCCGGAUGCCUUCUGGUGGGCAGUGGUAACCAUGACAACAGUCGGGUAUGGAGAUAUGCACCCAGUGACCAUAGGGGGCAAGAUCGUGGGGUCUCUUUGUGCCAUCGCUGGUGUCUUGACCAUUGCAUUGCCGGUUCCUGUUAUUGUUUCCAACUUCAAUUACUUCUACCACCGGGAGACAGAAGGGGAAGAGCAAGCCCAAUACAUGCACGUGGGAAGUUGCCAGCACCUCUCCUCUUCAGCUGAGGAGCUCCGAAAAGCACGGAGCAACUCGACUCUAAGUAAGUCGGAGUAUAUGGUGAUCGAAGAGGGGGAUAUGAACCACAGUGCUUUUCCCCAGACCCCUUUCAAAACGGGCAAUUCCACUGCCACCUGCACCACGAACAAUAAUCCCAACUCCUGUGUGAACAUCAAAAAGAUAUUCACCGAUGUUUAAUAUAAGAUACCAGUGACAUACUGUGCUAAGUAUUGUGUGGAACGUGCCCCCUUGGUCUGUGAUGCCCUUGUUUUGUACAUUUCCAGACCAUUYAUCAAGGAAAGGACCUGAAGUAGUAGAAAGCACACUUCAUUCUCCCCCUCCCUACUGCUUCAUACUGAAACAGGUGCCUGUGUUGCAGGUGGGCUGCACAUUCUCUCAGCUCUCCUUUUGCCCCUCCCCCUCUCUCUUGAUUUUUUGUGAUCAACAGUCUUACAUUAAACUUGUUUUCGAGUUACAUGCCCUAUUUAAAAAAAAAAAAAAAGUACAUCCUGGGAGGAAAUGAAACUAAAGAACAGUUGGAGUAACUGUUUAACCUCAAAAUUUAAACGUAGUUGUUUCUUUACUAAGUAAAGAAGACAAAUAACUUCAAUGAUGCUUUAGUUUGGUGGACCCUUCAACGUUAUUUAUUAAAUAUUUAGUUCAGUUUCUACCGGCUGGGUACGUGGAUAAGAAGUCUUAACUGGAACUAUGACUGUAAACCCACCAUAAGUUUGGUGUUUGGAGUUUCUAGAUGAAUCCUCUCCUCCCAGAAUCUUCAAGGUCUCUACAACUUUGAACAAAAGGAAAUACCCCAAAAACGUCCUGAUCU